AUGGAUAAAUUAAACACUGAACGUAUGGAUUAAGACUUUGCCAGCUAACUUUCAAUCCUCAGAAAAUGCCAAUUUCUAAUAAAUCACAGAGCAGAAGAGCCAGAUUUUGUGGACUUGCUUUAAAAGAUGACGUUUGAAAAUCAUGGUAAGGACUAGCAAGUUUACGAGAGAGGAGAUUCAACAGAGAAGGUCUACAUUAUUUUUAAAGGCAAAAUAGGCUUCAUUGUGAAAGACCGAAAUAUGUCCGAUAUACAUGCACACAGACCGGAUUUUGAAGAUCAUUAUGAGUCAGAUCAGAAUUAUGAUGCAGAAGGCUUUAACGAGACAACAGAGUACGACAUAGACUACAUUUAAGAAGAAGAUGAGAGUGCUCCUGAAAAUCUUGAUGAUGAUGAGGAUUUCUUCUUAAGUGGAUUAAAUGUAAAAGGACAAUCUAGCAGUAAAAAAUGCAAUAAUGCAUUAAACGAAAUGAAUGUUAGUAAUUACUCGUUACACCAUUUAGUUUAGAAAUUGAACACUAUUUUGCAAGAGGGUGAUUUGUUUGGCGAGGAAGAUGUUCUCUAAAAUAAAAAUGAAAGAACUGCUUCAGCCAUUUGUAUUCAAGAUUGCUAGAUUGGAGUCAUUAGCAAAUAUUAAUUCAGUAAGCUAAUGAGUAACAUUGAGAGAAGAGUUUUUAAUGAAAAAAUUAAUUUGCUUCAGAAAAUACCUGCAUUUAGCAAGUUAACUCGCACAACUUUAGGCAAAAUGAGUCAUUUUUUGAAUUUAAAAAUAACACCUAAGGAUUGUUUACUAUUCAAGGAGGGGGAUACAGCCGAUAAUGUUUUUAUCAUACAAACAGGUGAAUUUGAGGUUCUUAAGAAGUAUAAAAUUCCAGAAAAAAAUGAGGAAGACAUUGAAAAGAUCAAAGACAAUCCAUUAAAAGCCAAGAAAAUUUAAUAGAGAUUUUUCAAAGCAUAAAAGUAAAAUAAGGAAUAAGAAGUUUCACUAUAUAUUAUUGGUAAUUUGAACUUACUUGGUGAAGAAGAUAUAGUUAAACCAUACAUCAUUUAAGCUAAGUAAUUUUAAAAUUAACAACUAAUGCAGCCUAAUUAACUGUCUUAGUUGACUCAAAGUUAUAUGAAAUCAUAAUCAAGUAGUAGUUCAAGAUAACCUUAUCAAACUAACUAGUCCGUUAUAUAUACUACCUCAGCUAAAUGUAUAUCAUAAACAGCAAACGUACUAUCAAUGAAAACAGAAGAUUUUCUUAAGCUUCAAUAACAUUCUCAAGCAUGGAAGUAGAUUAUGAAUGACUGUGAAACUAAAAUUAGAAAAGUAGCUAUAAGAAUGGUUGAUAAAAUAAAAACUACACAUCUUUUUGAAAAAUAAAAAUCGUAGGGUGAAAUUAAACUAGAGAGCAAGUACACUGAUUAUACAUCAGUUGACAAUUAUUUGACUUCGAAGUAAAAAAUUUAGGAAAAGAAACAGCGUUUAAUGAAAAAGACGUUACAAAUCUCUACUAAUAAUCUCAUGACUAAUUCCUUUCAGGAUUCUAAAGAUGUCUCCUUUUCUCUCAAUAAUUCAAUUAAUUAGAAUAGAUAAAAUAUUGAGCUUUCACCAGUAAAACGAUUAGAGUCUCCUAAAAGGCUUUAAUAGCUCUAGCAAUCCAUUAUUGAAAAGUUACCAAGCUUGAAAAGUCAAAAUAGAGUGAGUUCAAUCAGCUAAAUGCCAACUAAUUCCAUUAAUAAUUCACCCAAGAAAGAAAAUACUUAGAUACAAGUUAAUACAAAGUUGCUUAACUCUUUAAAGAUGAGAUUAUAAUCAUAGCCUACUUCACCUUAUACAGGACCAAAGCCGAAAUACAUAAGAUCAAAUUCUAUUCAUAGGCAAUCAGAAGACAGAUUUAUGAAUACUGCUUACACACUAAAACCAAAUUCUAAGUUGAAAUUUUACUAAAUGAUGAAUAGAAAAAAUAAGAGCAUUGAUAAGAGUGUUGCUUCCAACAUCCACUCCACUGCUCUGGGCUCUACUUUUGUGACUCAUAACAAUUCUAUAAAUUAAGAUGAUAAUUAUUUAGGUGGAAACAAUAGUGUAAUGAAUGGUACUAUGUUCCCCUCAACAAAAGCGUAGAACAUUCAUAGUUUCAGAAAAACAUACAAUAACUCAGCUCUUACAAAAAUAAGUUAAAACAGCUAAUUAGAAGGUAGAUAUACUAAGGAUUAUGUAGAAACACAAUUUAACAUUAAAAAGAAGAGUGUGAAUGAAAGAGUUUCUUAGUUUUGA